AUGGAUGAUGGCAUGGAAGAUUUAUAUGUUGAACCUUAUUCUGAAACUGAAACUAUAUCAACUACACCCUCAGCUUCAAGUGCUAAUAGUUUAACCCGAAAGAAGCGAAAAACCACUUCCCUCGUUCAUCCUUAUAUAGAAUUAUUAAAAAAAUUAUUUGCGCCUAACCAUGAAAGUGGGAAAACUUAUGAUACAUAUCUCAAUUUGAUAUACGGGCCACAAAGUGAAAGUGAUAAAGAAGGAAUAGAAGAUUCAGAUAGUUCAACAAGUGAAAAAGAUGAAAUUCUAUCUGGUGGUUUACGUCAACACUGGCAAUAUGCCCAUCGCCAAUUUAGACAAAAAAUGCGGAAAGAAAAUUCUGAAAAAGAUAUAGAUGAUUUCAAUAAUGUUGAGUAUUUACCAGCUGCUGAUACUGAUGGUCUUCUUAAAAAAGUUCGGGCAGCUAUUUUCUUAUCACUUGAUGAGUUGUGGUCAGCACAAUCUGAUUUGGAUAACACGGGUGAAGAAAAAGAUGCGUCACUUAAAUUAUUGCAAAAUCAAUACGAUUCUGCAAAAGAUUUUCAAACCAGAGAUGUUCAUGAUCAAUCAACUCAACAAACAACACCUACUCGUAAUUGUACGGAUGAUGAUGAUGAUUUUUUUCAAGCAUUAGAACAUAAAGAAUCAGGCAGUUCAUUUUUAACUGAGAAGGAUGAAGUCACACGUUAUAUAAGGUAUCGGCAAAUAGAUGUUGAUCAGGAUCUUUUAGA